AUGCAACAAAUACAGUCAAAGCUCUCAAUUAUCUCAAAAGCCAUCAAUAAUAAAUCGUUAAAUUCAUACGAAUUUAGUGGUAAUAGUAAUUUUAAGAAACCCAACUUCCAAGUUGUAGAAGAAGGAAGAUCCAACAAUAACCAUGAAUUAGAAUUUUUAAUUAAUGCAUCAAAGUUUUACAAUUUAAUUUGCCCUAGUUUAUCUAGUCGUUUGAUAUGCAAAGUCGCAAAUUUAACAUCUGAAAUUGAUCAGACAAAAUCAUAUAGUGAUUUUUUUUCGGGUAAAAUAUGCCCAAAAUGUUUUUCAGUAUAUUUAAUCGGAAUUAAUUGUAAAUUAGAAGUUAAAGCUAUAAAAGGAAUUUUCAGGAAAAAAUUUAAAAAGAAAUUACUUAAACAAAGUAAAAUAAGUAGCCAACAGUUCUCUAAUUACUCGUUUAAAAAUAUAUUAAUUAGAUGCGAAGUUUGCAACUUUAUUUUUAACAAAGUUUAUUGGGAGAAAAGGGCUAAAAAUGUGAAAAAGUCUGAAACUAUAAAUAAUAUUCAAAAUAAUAAAAACAAAACUGAAGAUAUCCUUGACUAUUCCAACUAUAUUUUAAGUAUUGCAAAUACAAACAUUCAAAAUGAAAUACACCAAGGUAGUAAAAAAAGUGAGAAUUCACAUAAUAAACCUAGUACAAACUUCAAAAAAAAUCAAAGAUUUUUUACAAGUAAGACUCACGAGGCGGGUUCAUUACCCAAAGGAAAAAAAAAUUCUAUUGUUGACUUUGCUAUAACAAAUCAAAUAAAUAAGGAUAAAAAAAACGAGCAAACUAGUCAAUCUUCACAAGGAAAUAGUUUUUAUGAUAUUUUAUCUAUGCUUGAAUGA